UUUGGCAAGUGAAGGAGUCAGUGAACAAAAAACUAUACUGCUUGGGGUGCAGAGGCGGGAGAGAUUCCUGUAGAGGAAACCCAGGCAACGCCCACCCUCUGAGCAGGGUCUGGAGGUGCUGUGUCCGCACAGAGCUCCGGGUGUGGGGGAAGGGCACGCGCUUUGGAGCCCAGUCCCAGCCCCACCUCACUGGGCCUCGGGAUUACCCUCUGUAAAAUGGGGAUCCUGACCCCCCUGACUGUCCCGGUCCCUGUGGUCCAUAGUAGAUACUAAGGGGAUGUUUGCUGAAUGACUGAGUGACCACAUGUAGGCUGUGAGCAAUGACCACAUCUCAGAGGCAGCCAAGUUCUAUAGCUCAGCCUCGACUCCAAUCACGUCAACACCUGGUUUUGCCCGGGUGCACCUGGUGACUCUUUUGCCUUUGACUGAAGCCACAGGUGUUCCUGGGGCAAUGGCGGAGCAGCACAGCGCGCCGGAACAGGCUGCCGCCGGCAAGAGCCACGGAGGCCUCGGGGGCGCCUACAAGGUGAUCGUGUACGAAAUGGAGAACUUCCAGGGCAAGCGGUGCGAGCUCUCGGCCGAGUGCCCCAACCUGACAGAAAGCCUGCUGGAGAAGGUGGGCUCCAUCCAAGUGGAGUCGGGGCCGUGGCUGGCAUUUGAGCGCAGGGCCUUCCGCGGGGAGCAGUAUGUCCUGGAGAAGGGGGAUUAUCCUCGCUGGGACGCGUGGUCCAACAGCCACCGCGGUGACAGCCUCCUGUCCCUCCGGCCUCUGCAAAUUGAUGGUCCGGAUCACAAGCUGCAUCUCUUUGAGAACCCGGCUUUCGGCGGCCGCAAGAUGGAGAUAGUGGACGAUGACGUGCCCAGCCUCUGGGCUCACGGCUUCCAGGACCGUGUGGCGAGCGUCCGGGCCAUCAACGGGACGUGGGUUGGCUACGAGUUCCCCGGCUACCGCGGCCGCCAGUACGUGUUUGAGCGGGGUGAGUACCGCCACUGGAACGAGUGGGACGCCAACCAGCCCCAGCUGCAGUCUGUGCGCCGCAUCCGCGACCAGAAGUGGCACAAGCGGGGCUGCUUCCUCAGCAGCUGAAGGGCGCCCAGGCCCCAGUGGCCCAGGCCCACCCUGGGGGGCAGCAAGGGCAAGAAGAGGCGGCUCCAGGGCCGGGGUGAGGGCCUGCCUGGCCACCCUUCCCCGGAAUCUGCUCAAUAAAG